AUGAUCUCAGAGUACGCGCUCGGCAUACCCGGGCAACGUUCGGAACAACCUAGUGCAGCCAGUAUGGGAAGUGCCUCUCAUCCCCCGGGGUAUCCUCAACGUCGCGAUGAAGAGCAAACUGGCGCUGAAAUCGCCACCAAAGUUCUGGGGAGAAAUAGCAAACCCGGCCAAGCACCAUUCUACACUGGGGAUUCUCCUGGGUUUGGUGGCGUAUUUGAUAUAUGCUCGUCUCCCCGGCAGCCUGUACAAAGGCACAUCCUACUGACCUCCAAAACAUCAACAUUCUUGUCUCCCGAAGACAAAGAAUAUUUGCAGUACAAGGGUGUCUUCAGCUUGCCUCAGAGGGAAACUUGCAAUGAGCUUCUACGGGCAUACUUUCAUCAUGUGCAUCCUCUUACCCCGGUGGUAGAUGCAACCACACUUCCACAUUUGUACCCAACCGGAGAUAACCAACAACAUAAUUUGCUGCUCAUAUGGAGCAUCUUCUUUGUGGCGGCAAAUGUGAAGCCAAUAUCUUUCCCGUAUAUUUCGACCGAUACUUGGAGAAUGGAAGGGUUUUCAUCUAGGAAAGAUAUGAAAGACUCCAUGUAUUCCCGUGCAAAGUGUCUGCAUUAUAUUGGUGGUGAAACAGAUCAAACAGUUCUCCUACAAUCGGCACUUCUCUUGGGAUUUUAUCACUCUGAGGCUGAUACUCACACACAGCCAUGGCAUUGGCUUGGGGUAGCAAUUAGACUGCAUCGUUGUUCUAGUGCAGUGUGUGCUACUUCGCCUAUCCCCGAGCAGCAGCAGCGUCUGUGGCGUCGUCUUUGGUGGACCUGUGUUUUUCGAGAUCGAUGGCUUAGUCUGACAAUGGGCCGCCCAUUGAGGAUCCACAUGAAUGACUGCAAUACGAUGAUGCCUUCCGCAGAUGAUAUGCUAAGUGAUUUUGUCGAAUUACCUGAAUCAAUGUCUGCAGCAUACAUCCCGAAGGACUUGCCGCAGUUGGCAGAUUAUUGGGUUACAAUGAUCCAACUCACUCAGCUUUUGGGGGAGGCCCUCACCCUGAGCUACCAGCCUUUUGGACCCAGUCCGUCUUUUCAGCAAGUUGAAGAACUUGAGCGAAAGGUCUUACUUUUCCAGCUCCCAGAGAACCACGAUACAGUGUCAAAUCCGCUGUCAACCUUUUACUUGCAUCACCUUCAACUUCAUUACCAAGCAUUCCUUAUCACAUUCUACCGCCCGUUCAUUACGAAAACGCCAGAAGGCCUACCAAGAUCCCACCAGAACUCAUGGCAGACCCACGUCCGAAAUUCAAUUGACACAGCUGCGCUCCAGACAAAUGCCGUACUCGACAGUCUAGUGCGCGACAAGUUGCUCGAAUUUUCGGGUCCCAUGACGCCGCCGCUAUUAGUGCCAGCCAUGCACGUCCACCUACUCAACUGCAAAUCGCCCGAUCCACUUUCUCGACGCCUAGGUCUCAACAAACUGGAACUAUGUAUGAUGGUUCUGGAACAAAUGCAACACACCCACCCAUCCUCUUCAGUAUUCCGAGGUAUCUUCCUAGAAGCUAUCCACUACAUAUUCCCCAGUUAUGUGGCCCAAUCUACAAUACCUGACCUAGCUACCUCGGAAUCGUCGCUGCUACAGGAUAUUUCUGCGGAGGACCCCAUGGCUGGAAUAACAAUCGGCGAGGAUGCCAUUGAUGCGCUGAUGGACGAAGUUUCGAUUUUCAAUUUCUGGGAAUCGCUCAACAAUAUGCAGCAAUAG